CUUCCUCCACAUCAUACAAUAAAAUCGUUCCGUCUAACAGUAGACCAAUCCCACGCCGGCUUUCAUGCCCCCAUCCUGUACACAAUCAAUGCAAACUGACUGGGGACUAGUAGCGACAGGAAACGCCCACAUCAAAAAUGGACGUGCGCCUGUUCCCAGAAUAUAUAACAUGUCUGCUGCGGUGUGCUGCUGAUACUAAUUGGGCGGACAUUUUUUCGGAGACACGCACGAAAGCUAUGAAUACUUGUCGCACCCAAAAAUGGCUAUUGCUGGAGACAAAUGGUGGGAGUCAGCUUGAGACUAAAGUCUGGCGUAAGGAAGAGUGAAAUGUCGUUUUUCCCGAAGAUUCUGCUAAGAAAAGAGGUAGAAGAUUAUCUCCGCACUGUCUAUAUCAAUACAGAGCUUGUGGCCACAUUGGGCGCAGAUGAAGCCGAGAGAAAGUUUGAGUGCCUCCAGAAUCAUCUGUCCCACCCACCAUCUUUUACGACUGUCCGUGUUAACACACUUCUGGCGUCUGUAGAACACGUAAAGCAGCUUCUCGGUGAAGAAAUACGGAAGCAAUUUCCUGGAGUCAUUAUCCCAAUUCAGCAACAUCCCAAACUUAAUGACCUUUUAUUAAUUCCGGUGAUUGGCCCAAGGAAAACACUAGAGAGACAUCCGGUGCAAGUCAUCGUUGGAGCCCAGUGUGGAAAUGCUGUUCUUAGAGGAGCCCAUGUCUACUCUGCUGGGAUUCUGUCGGCUUCAAAAUGGAUGAAGACGGGUGACAAUGUGUCGGUGUACUCUGAUGUGGAAGGGAAAUGUAGGCGGGGCGCUACAGAGUUUGAUGGAACUAAAGUCUUCAUCGGGAAUGGAAUUUCUGAAUUGAGCCGCUCAGAAAUCUUCUGCUCAAACAGCCCAGUAAAGGGAAAAGGCAUUAAAAUGACAGAACCCGUAUACCUAAGUCCAUCCUUUGAUAAUGUACUGCCUGGGUAUAUCUUUUUGCAGAAUUUACCUUCUGCAGUUGUCAGCCAUGUGUUACAUCCCCAGCCUGGGGAGCGCGUGCUGGACAUGUGUGCCGCGCCUGGAGGAAAGACCACCCACAUCGCCUCUCUCAUGAGUGACCAGGGAGAAGUCAUAGCCAUGGACAAGAUAGCCAACAAAAUGGAGACUGUAAAAAGAAACGUGUCUCUGCUGAAGCUCAAUAGCAUUCAGGCGUACUGCUUCAACGGCACCAAGGCUGUGACACGGGACACUGGAGGGAGCGCUCAGGGAUAUUCUUUGGAUGGGCAAGAAGAUCAACCUACCCAGCAGGAAGGUACCAGACCUCCUUUCCUGCCAGAGUCCUUUCAUCGCAUUCUUUUGGACGCCCCAUGUAGCGGAAUGGGCCAGAGACCUAGAAUGAUCUGCCCGUCAUCGUUAAAAGAACUCCUGUCGUACCAGGCCCUGCAACGCAAACUGUUCACCGUGGCGGUGGAGUUACUACUGCCCGGUGGCACGCUGGUGUACAGCACAUGUACUAUAACUUUAUCCGAGAAUGAAGAGCAAGUGGCCUGGGCUCUGAGUACGUUCCCCUGCCUCCAGCUACAGGCACAGGAACCACACAUUGGGGGAGAAGGUAUGAGGGGCGCGGGAUUGUCCCCUCAGCUGCUGAAGCUCCUACAGAGGUUUGACCCGUCCUCUGCUAUGAUACGUGACGAUGUCAUUGAUAUGAGUGACGAAGAUGGAGUUCUGAUGGCAAACACUGAUACAAUUGGUUUCUUCAUUGCCAAAUUCCUGAAAAAGAUCUGAUUUUUUUAAUUUUAAUUGUUUAUAUACUGUGUAUAUAAAUUAUAUAUAUUAAAGAGAAUGAGAAAAGUGUCCUCUAGUGUAAUAAUUUAGUAACCAAGAGUAUAAAUUGGUCAACAUGCAUACCUAAAUUACUACACUAGAGGGCGCUAGUUUCUUAUUCUCUUAUUAGUAAUCAAAUUCCUCUGGGACAUUACAACUACUGUGCACAAGGAGAACAGACAGCAGCCACCUGAAAUCCGGGGAGUGUAUUUAAAGAACGUUGCCGCAGAAGGACAUGUACAAACACAGACAGUCUUUUGGGUGCAGCGCUAUCUCAAUACCCUUUGAAUCUCAGUUUGUGACUAUAUACUAUGUGGAUGAAGUAAUAGUUUUCAGGUGGUAAAUUCAUUUCUACCUCCGUUUUACCACUAAAACAAAUUAAUAUCUGCGUUGCCAUAGUAGCAGACUGUCUGCCAGCUGUUCGCUCUACAGUCGGCUGCUGCGACAGCAGGUUACAGGAAUUCCCAGGCGUUUUAUAUACUGGCUGACUUCUGUUCUGUUUACCUAAUAAAAAUAAAUCCUACUCGCCUGGUAAGGACAAAGCUCAAUUCAAGUGUUUAACACCUAUACCCUCUGUAUAUCGCUCUAUGAAAAGGUUCAUGUUACUGCUAUGGAAGACUUAAGAGACUUUUUAUCACCGGUCCAUGCACAAAAAUGUAAGAAGGUAAAGUACAUGGAUGUACAGUACAUCAAAUAUUAAAGGACCAGUUGGAAAUAGGAA